GCCGUCUGUCACUUCCCAUACUCUUAAUGCUUUCUUAUAAGCCGAGCAUCUUAAGUUCCCACUAAUCCAUAUCUAGUAAAUUAACCCGCUAUGGUGACUGAGUACCUACCUAGCUUCAUGUACAUUGCUUCCAUAUUCUUUCUCACUACAAUUAACUGUAUACAUCGAAAUAUCAAACGCAAACACCAUGUACUCUUGAUACGAAGGGAACAUUCUCUUGUGCCCCUCAGAUGAUUGAUGUUCUCCCCUCCUUUUUCUCUUCUGUACCAAGGUAGGAGCUACCCGGAUAUAGGUAGUCACGAUACUUAUCCCCCCCUACCCUUACAUCUUCCUCCUCUCUAUAUCCUUCCCUCCUCUUACCCAAUAUCCAAUAGACACGGAGGGGUAGCAUAUCCCCACAUCCACCUACUUAUAUACCCUGUAAUGGGGUAGACGAGUAGAUAAAAGGGAUGACGUCUACUUGUUUUCUUAGUUCUUCUAUUCUCCAAUUGUUCUUGUAGUUCUUAUACCCUUCUUGACCGUCGAGUAAAACAAGUGUCGCGUACCCGUUUACUGUCCUUGUCUAUCUUUCAUCACAAGAGUGAACCAAAUCGAGUCCCUAAAGUAGUCAUCUCAACCUUGAAUCAUAUUCAAUAUGCCGGCUAACAAGCAACGGCCUCCCUUCCGUGCUGAGCACUUGGGAUCCUUACUUCGUCCAAAGGAAUUAGUCGAGAAGCGUGUUCAACUUGAUGACAAGAAGGCCCUCGACAUUGCCAAGGACACUGAACUCCACUCCCUGGAGGACAAUGCCAUCAACGAGAUUGUCAAGCUCCAACUAGACCUCGGGUUCCACGCUAUCAAUGAUGGUGAAUACCGUCGCCAUCAAUUCUGGGGAACCUUCUUCCCUAACCUCGAGGGAUUUGAAGAGAUUCAGAAUCCAGAGUGGGAGAUGUUCCGGAUGUAUGUCCCGGAUACUGCUGCGUUCACCGAGACGGGUCACAAGCCUGGUGAGACCAUUGUCUGCGUCAGUAAGAUCAAGCACGUCGGAAGUGCGUAUUUAUCCGAUUGGAAUUACCUCAAGAAAUUAGUUCCUGCCGAUAGAGUGAAGGAUUUGAAGAUAACAUUAGCCGCUCCGGAAUGGUACCAUCUGCGAUAUAAGAAAGGCAGAGCCUACCCGAAGGAAGUGUAUGCUAACGAUGCUGAAUACUUCGCCGACAUCGCCAAGGCCUAUCAAACAGAGCUACAGCUGCUGUACGACAACGGCUGCCGAAACGUCACCAUUGACGACCCAAAUCUAGCGUACUUCUGUGACGAGAAAAUGAUAGCUGGAUUUAAAGCGGACGGCGAAGAUCCUGAUGUUAUUCUCGACUCGUACUUGAAGUUAUACAAUGACUGUAUUUCGUCGCGUCCGGCCGAUAUGCACGUCGGAAUCCACCUCUGCCGUGGAAACUUCGCCUAUAGUAAGCAUUUCUCGGAAGGUGGAUACGAUCGAAUUGCCACGAAACUCUUCAACGACAUUGGCGUCGACACAUAUUUCCUAGAAUACGAUACGGAACGAGCGGGCAACUUCGAGCCUUUGAAGGAGCUACCACCGCACAAGAACGUCGUUUUGGGUGUCAUCACCAGCAAGUUCCCCGAGCUUGAGGAUAUUAAUGAGACGCGCAACAGAGUUUUCCAAGCGGCCGACAUCAUCGCGAGAGGUGCUGGCCAGACGCGCGAAGAAGCUCUCAAGCGAAUCGGUGUUAGCCCGCAGUGUGGCUUCGCUAGUCACCAUCUUGGUAACGCUGUGACACGAGAAGACAUGAUCGCGAAGCUAAAGCUAGUGAGGGAACUCGCCAAUUCAAUCUGGCCAGGAGAGCCGUAAGAAGUGGUGACAAUUACGCAUAGAAUUAUUACAUAUCUCGCAUGGAAAAGGGUUAGUUCUGGUUGUGAAUUUGGGUUGUAGCGAGGAGUCGAAAAUAUGUAUUCAACAUGCAAAUUGGAAGGAAGUGGAGAGAGGGAAAUCUAACGCUUCAACGAUUUUAUGAUGAAAAAGCUGACCGGAUCACGUUCUCACAAAAUUCGGAUCGGGGUACAUCUUUUGCAGUUGAGGUGGCGCUCAGUACAUAUGUGUGCGUGUGGACGACGAUACGAUCCUACCCCUUGGUAUGUAAGAUUAAUUCGUAUGUGACAUGUCACCUAAAAAAGAAAAAGAAAAAAAGAUUAUCAUGGUUAAUAAGAUUUCUAAUAUUCGGGAUGGGUUUGAUCGUGAAGGGAAUUGGCUGACGACUAAUUUUUUUGCUUAGAAAAAGAAAAGGCGGCGGACGGUCAAGUCAAUUCUGGGGUGUGGUUGUACAAAUCGAGUGAGUUCCAGCGAUAGAAAUACUGAAUUUACUUGAAAAUAGCCCCCCUGUCCCCUGAGGGUUUAGCGGAUUACCAACGGAUAAGACCCUAUUUGGUGGGAUUUGUUUCGCUAGCUCGCGUGUGCA